AUGACAACAACUUCUGGUGAGUUUGAUUUAAAAACAAAACGUUUAUUUAGGGUUAAAAUUUUGAGCUUGAUGUAACAUUUAAAAAACUAUAAAAAAUAAAAUUUUCAGAAAUUGCAACGUCUACACCACAAAUUAUAACAACUUCUGGUAAGUUGGAAGGCUUUGUUGCAAAGAGUUAGAAUUUAAAGCAUAAUGAAACACGGAACUAAAUUCAAAUAACUAGAAUCUAGUUUAUCUCAAAGAUCUAUCGACUACACAACGUUCCGAAACGCAAUUGGGUGAGAGGAGAGAGAUUCUAGAGAAAAACAUACGUUUUUAGUGGGCAAACGUGCUCAAAUGAGAAUAAGAACUCCAUUUUUUCGAACAUUUUCUGAGAGGUCGUUCAAGCGUAUUGCCGACAUUGAUCAAACAAAUGGCCAAGCGCUAUACACACAUGUAUUAUUUUUCUUUGUUUUUUGAAAAAUGAAGCGAGGCGACAAGAGUUCACGCGAAUAAUCAACAAAACGUGAAUUCUUUUAUGUUUUUCUCUAAAUCUCUUCCUCUCACCCUAUUGCAUUUUAUCAUUAGCCUAAAAUGUUGUGACUAUAACAUAUGCGCCUUUGUUUUCUCACAAGCAGAUUUUUCCGUAGUUUGAUCUCUGGCAAAAAUAACAUUCUUAAAGAUCUACAGUUCUUCCCAGAUUCACUAAAAACCAUUACGUUAUCCAAGAAUGUUUCAUCUUUGAUUUGAUUUCGUAUCAAACAACACUCAAUCCUAUUGUUAUGCCAUUUUAUGUCGAAAUUGUGACAAAACGUGUUUUUGGCCCCCCAAGUUUUUAUUAUUUUCGGUAUAUACAUUUUUUUCUUCAUUUGUUUUUUAUCAGCCUAAAAAUGAUCUCAUCGAUUUUCUAUUUUCUAAUAAUUAUUUGUGUGCAAAACGUGGAUUUGUGUAUACCGACACAGAUUGUUGAUUGUAGGUUUUACGUUGGCAGUUCUCAGAGAUUCUCUGGCCAGCUCGCCACCAGAUCGCUGCGGCCACCUGGAAACCGCAUGACCGCCAGGUCGCCUCGAGUUUUCCGGCGACGUGGCCUGUGUGUUUGAAAUUCUGGAACGCUGGCGAGACAGUGGUUUGUACUCAAAACACUGCAUUUUCUACAUACUGUUUUUUUCACUUCCUAAGGUUUCAAGUGCUGCGAAAAAACAGAAAAUGAGCCAAUUUUUUCGAAAAUGCCUCAAUUCACAAGUUUUUCAGUCAUUUUCAUGAAAAUUCAUUUUGACGCGGCGAAGUGGCCACCACAUGGUAGCCAUGUGGCCGUGACCUAGCCAGAGCCUGGCCACCUUGCCAGCAAAAAAAACGGGCGACAUGAUUUCCAUGUGGUUUCCAGGUCAGCCAGCCUCCCCACCUGGUGGCGAGCUGGCCAGCGAAUCUCUGAGCAUCAUAGCUCCAUUUCAAAAUAAUUUUUGUGAAAAAUAAAGUUUCAGAUAUUGAUCAGCAUAGUCGAUUUACUAAAAUUACAUCAAUAAAACACUUUAUUUCGAAAAUUUUUUUUGUUUUUUAUUUUUGGGCUGAAAAUUCAUAUGUGCCCUUGCUCAUUCUUUUUUCAAAAUCAAAAUUUUUUUCUGAAAAUUUGAUUUAUUCAUGAUUUUUGGGUAAAUCGACCACGCUCAUCAUGAUCAAAAGUUGAGUUAGGAUGUGUUUUAUGAGCCAAUUUUGGCAAUAUUUGAACUUUUGAGAGCCCAAAACUUGGCUCAGAGGUCCAUUGGGAGAUUAGCGAAAAUAAAAAACUUGGUGAGAUCAUCACAUGAUUUUUUUUCUGAAGCCUAAUCUGAACUUCUAAUAAAUUGGUGAACUCACAGAAUAAUCAUCAAAAAGGCAUCUAACUCAACCACUGUAAUUCUAGACUCGUCACCCACCACAUCUACAACAUCAACGACGACCACAACCACGACUACAACAACCACAACCACAACCACAACCCCUAUUCCAUCUUGCCCUGACACAACUUGGAUAGAAAUGGAUCGAGGAACCUAUACUUGGUGCAUGAAAAUCUAUCACGGCUCAAUUCUCGGACCAGAAGCUGAUGGUGCUUGUGCAACUCUUUAUUCAACAGCAGUCGCAUCCGGAUUUCAGAAUCUCGCCGAACUUUCAACAAUGAUCGGUGCAGCGGUCGCAGAAGUUCCAGGCGUCUAUUAUAUCUUCGUUGGUGCAACAAGAACUGCGGCUUGUGCAAAUGUAGCAGGAGUUAACGCAAUUUGCACAACACUGACCUCUUUUGAAUGGUCAGAUCCGUAUACUUCUGGAAGCGAUGGUUUCAAUUGGCGAGCUGGACAACCGGAAAAUGGUGAUUUGGUGGGUGGGAAAGAGGAGAAGUAUCUUUUGGUGAAAACAGAUGAUCAAUUGAUGGAUGAUACUUUUCCGGAUGAAUAUUUUCCUGGAGCUGUUUGUGGAAUGUUACCUGUGUAG